AUGGGCGCUCUGUAUGAUAGUGCUGGGGAACACGAAAAGGCACUAGCCGUUUAUGAGAAGGCGCUGCAUAUUGAACUAAGUAGUCCAGCUCCAAAUGAAACUAAUCUUGCUCACUAUUACAAUAAUAUCGCAGAAGCAUUCCGCGAGGAAAAACGCUUUGAAGAAGCACUUCCUGCAUAUGAAGCAGCUCUCGCACUCUACCUAAAACAUCUUCCAGCUAAUCAUCCUAGCAUUGCAACUAUCUACAAUAACAUCGCUGUCCUUUACUUCGAGCAUAUGAAAUACGACGAAGCCAUUCUUCACGGUAAUAAAGCUCUGCAAUUGCAAAUGACUUCUCUGCCAGAGAACCAUCCAGAAUUUGCCAUUACCCACACCAAUUUGUCAAGAGCACUCUUCGGACAAGAGAAAUUGAAAGAAGCGCUCGAACAUAUAAGAAUUGCAUGCAAAAUAAACUCUCUCACUCUCCCAGCCGAUCAUACACGUUCGAUAAACGGACAAGAGUGGCUGGAUGAAUUAGAAGGUCAGCUCAGUUAUUCAGAGGAAGAUUACGCGCGCGCAGAAGUGUUUUUGAGAAAAAGAGUUGAAACUGAAGCAAAGUCACUUCCAGCGGACCAUGAAGAUUUAAUACUGCACCGUUUCAGUCUCGCCAGAGCGCUCUAUUAUCAAGAGAAACUUAAUGAAGCGUUGGAACACAUGAAAAUUGCCUACACAAGUCGUUGCUCCACUCUUCCAGCUGAUCACCGUUCGGUUAUUCAGUAUCGCAAAUGGCUUGAAGGAAUAGAAGAGACAGUGAAAGAAUAUGCAGAAAAUGCCGACGUCGAGAAGAUCAGCAGCUGAUUUUCGUUUGUUUUGCUUGAAACUUGAAUGAAGUGCGAUCUCUUUGUGUGAUAUUCUGUACUUCUUUCCUUGCGAGCGAAUAAACGGGAAAGUAGCAAAAUGUCGACAGUGGAUGUGGAUAUUGGUUCAUUCUUUAUUUGCAUCCACACCCACAUCCACUGACACCCCCCCCCAUCCAUACUCACACACCGACACCGAUACCCACACCGACACCCACACCCACAC